AUCGAUUGCAUUAUUGUGUUUCUGCCAACUCCAAUCUUAACACUCUUAUGUCCUCAACGAACAUCAAAUAUCAGUUUCCUACAUGGAGCAUCAUCAGUUCAGUUUCUAACCACAAAUCCAUCUGUUUAUAAUGGCAGAUACUGUGAUUUCCUUUGUCCUUGAUAACUUGUCCCAAUUGCUAGCACACGAAGCCAGUCUGCUCUGUGGUGUGGAUGACAGGGUUAGAUCCCUUCAAAGUGUGCUCAACAUGAUGAACGAGCAUCUCCAAACCUCUGAAGGAAAAACCAAGAAAGGAAUAGAGAAAGAAGUUCUUCGCCAGAUCAGAGAUGUUGCGCAUGAAGCUGAGGAUGUCAUCGGCACCUUUGUUGUCAACGUGGCUAUACACAAGCGUAGAACCAAGCUGGGGAGGAUGCUUCAUGGUCUUGAGCAUGCAAAGUUGCUCCAUGAUGUGGCUGAGAAAAUAGACAGCAUCAAAGCCACUGUCAAUGAUAUAAGAGAUAACAAGAUCAAGCUCACCGAUGUCGUCCCACAAGAAAGUGGAUCAUCAACGUCAACAAGAGAAGAGGAGGAGAGGGUUCUGUUGAUGCACAAGAAGAGAAGAAUUGUGGAAGAACAUGAUGUAGUUGGUUUUGUUCGUGAAUCCAAGGCAGUCAUCCAGCUGCUUAAGGAAGAGAGUUCCCAAAGCAAUGUUGUCUCCAUCAUCGGUAUGGGUGGCUUGGGCAAAACCACCCUUGCCCGGAAGGUCUAUAACAGCGGUGAGUUGAAGCCAUAUUUCAAAUGUCGUACAUGGGUUUAUGUGUCAAAUGACUGCAGAGUUAAGGACCUCUUGAUUAGCCUUAUCAAGUCUUUGAUGCCUAACCUUGAACACGAGCAUGGGAGGAAAAAGAAGGGAAAGAAACAAAAGGGAACAGAGAAACCAGGUGAUCUCUCUAGCUUGGAUGUGGAUGAGCUAAAGCUCAAGGUGCGAGAUUUCUUGACCGUGAAAAGGUAUCUGGUAGUCCUUGAUGACCUCUGGAAGACUCAAGAUUGGGAUGAGAUACAAGAUGCUUUUCCAAACGACAAUAAUGGUAGUAAAAUAUUAAUUACUAGCCGUUUGAAAGAGGUGGCAUCCCAUACAAGUCCAUAUCCUACUUAUUACCUUCAAUUCCUCGGCGAUGAUGAAAGUUGGGAACUCUUUUCCAGGAAAGUGUUUCGAGGAGAAGAGUGUCCUUCUGAUAUAGAGCAUCUUGGAAAACAAAUGGUCAAAAGUUGUGGCGGUUUGCCACUCUCCAUUGUUGUUUUGGCAGGGUUACUUGCAAACAAGGGGAAGUCACACAAGGAAUGGUCCAAAGUUGUGGGACAUGUCAACUGGUUUCUUACUCAAGAUAAGACCCAAGUAAAGGACAUUGUACUGAAACUCAGCUACGACAACUUGCCUACAAGACUAAAGCCGUGCUUUCUGUAUUUCGGGAUCUACCCUGAAGAUUUUGAGAUACCUGUAAGGUCAUUGCUGCAAAAAUGGGUGGCUGAGGGAUUUAUUCGACAAACUGGGACCAGAGAUGCAGAGGAUGUUGCUGAAGAUUACUUGUGUGAGCUCAUUGAUCGUAGCUUGGUUCAAGCAUCGCGAGUAAAUGUUAAUGGAGAUGUGAAGGCAUGUCGCGUUCAUGAUCUUCUUCGAGAUCUUUGCAUAUCUGAGAGCAAAGAGGACAAGCUUUUUAAGGUUUGCACAAAUAAUAACAUUUUGGAGAGAUCAAAACCUCGCAGGCUUUCUAUCCAAUGUGGCAUGCAUCGCUAUGUUUCGUCAAGCGACAAUGACCAUUCAUGUGUUCGAUCUUUGUUUUGCCUGGACCCAACAAUGUAUGUUUUUACUCCCAGUGAGAUGAAAUGGCUUUUUAAAUUGUUCAAAUUGGUUCGGGUAUUAGAUCUUGGAGAAAACUAUUUCCGCAAAGUCCCUUCCAACUUGGGCUUAUUUAUCCAUUUAAGUUUCCCACAGCUCCAUGUUUUUGAGAUGGAGUGGCUGAGUGUUGAUAACUGGAAAUUAGGCAAUGGUGCAAUGCCAUGCCUUCAAACUCUGCUUAUCAAUUACUGUAAAACAUUGGACGAUCUCCCAGAUGAACUGUGGUCUUUGACAUCCCUGAGACAAGUAAAAGUUGUGAGACCCUCCGAAGCAUUGUCUCUUGCGCUAGAAAAGUUGGAAAUGAAGGAUGGAUGUGAGCUCAUAAUCGAAGAGUUUCAACUAUAGAAUUUAGAGAUUAGAGUUGUUGAGUUUUGCUCAAAAUAUAUGUACUCUAAGUUCUUCAUACUUUAUCACCACUGAAUCAUUAUUCUUCGGGACAAGUAUUGCUAUUCAGUUUCAUUAGCAGAGUCAUGCUAAUGUUUUCAGGCUUGACAACGGCACCAGUUGUGACUUGUGAGUCAAUUGGAGUUAUUUGUGUUAAUAUAUCAUAUCAUCGCUGU